AUGAAGUUGCAAAUUUUCCUUAGUGUGUGCCUGGCGGCAGUAUUGGUGUCUGCAGCUGCAGAACCGGCGGCAGCUCCUGCAGGUCCAAAGAAACGGGCCGUUCUCGGAGGUUAUGGACUAGGAGGGUAUGGUGGAAUUGGGUUGAGUGGAUACGGACUUGGAGGAUACGGACUAGGAGGAUACGGAUUGGGAGGGUACGGAUUGGGAGGAGUGGUAGGUUCAGCGAUUGGUCCCGCUAUAGGUCCUGCUAUAGCUGCUGGUCCAGCAAUUGCAGCUCCAGCCCUCCCAGCCCUAGCAGCUCCAGCCAUAAAUCUAGCACCGACCAUCACCAGGAAUAUCCAUACUCAUUCGACGGUGAACCAACCGGUUCCGGUUCCGGUGCCAACUCCGGUGGCCGUUCCAGUUACCCGACACGUCCCAGUGCCAGUGCAGGUUCCAGUUCCCGUGCCCGUGGAUAGGCCCGUACCACAACCUGUUGCCGUGCCAGUGCAUGUGCCCAGACCAUACCCGGUUCAUGUUCCGGUUGAUAGACCAGUGGCCGUUCCAGUGCCACAGCCAUAUCCAGUUACUGUUACCAGAACCGUUCCAGUGUCAGUGCCGCAGCCCGUGCCAGUACCCCAGCCGUACCCAGUGCCGCAACCAAUCCCGGUGCCACAGCCGGUUCCAGUUCACGUACCAGCCCCAGCCCCAGCAAUUGCCAUUGCUCCGGCCCCCAUCCUGCCUUCGUACGGACCUGCGAUAGCGGCCGGUCCCUCCCUUGGGCCCAUCAUCGGAGACGGUGGCCUCAUUGGCAGUGGCAUCAUCUCCGGCGGAGUGCUCGGCUCUGGUGGCCUCAUCAGCUCCGGAGGUCCAAUUAUCAGCGGAGGUCCGAUUCUCAGCCAUGGGCACCUGGGACUGGGACUGGGCCUGAAGAAGUACUUCGGCUAG